GCUCCUCCCCCGCCCGUAGUUUAAGAACGGCGGGGAAGGCCCGGUGUGCGACCUGUACUGUCCGGCUGGGGGUCAUGGCUGCUACGAGGACGCUCAACACGUUCCGUCUCCCGCCGUUGCCCACGAUUCGAGAAAUCAUUAAGUUGUUUAAACUGAAAGCAGUGAAACAGCUAUCCCAGAAUUUUCUCCUGGACUUGAGGCUGACAGAUAAAAUUGUGAGGAAGGCUGGCAACCUGACAGAUGCUUAUGUUUACGAAGUGGGCCCCGGGCCAGGGGGGAUCACGAGAUCCAUUCUGAAUGCCAGUGUCACUGAACUCCUGGUGGUUGAAAAGGAUAGUCGAUUUAUCCCUGGAUUACAGAUGCUUUCUGAUGCAGCACCUGGAAAACUGAGAGUUGUCCAUGGAGAUGUGCUGACAUUUAAGGUAGAAAGGGUUUUUCCACAAAGUCUCAAAAGACGUUGGGAGGAUGAUCCUCCAAAUGUACAUAUUAUUGGAAACCUGCCUUUUAAUGUAUCAACUCCACUGAUUAUCAAGUGGCUGGAAAAUGUUUCUCUUAGAAAUGGACCUUUUGCUUACGGCAGAACCCAGAUGACGUUGACUUUCCAAAAGGAAGUGGCAGAGAGACUUACAGCCACUACAGGAAGCAAACAGCGAAGUCGCCUUUCCAUUAUGGCCCAGUACCUCUGUGACGUUCAACACAUCUUGACAAUCCCAGGUCGGGCUUUUAUCCCCAAACCAGAGGUGGACGUGGGGCUGGUGCACUUCACCCCCCUGACCCGGCCCAGGAUAGAGCAGCCGUUCAAGCUGGUGGAGAAAGUCGUUCAGAACGUUUUUCAGUUCCGAAGGAAAUACUGCCAUCGAGGGCUCAGAAUGUUGUUCCCUGAAGCUCAGCGCUUAGAAAGCACUGGAAAACUGCUACAGUUGGCAGACGUGGACCCCACUCUUCGACCCAUCCAGCUCUCUGUCUCCCACUUUAAGAGCCUCUGUGACGUGUACCGGAAAAUGUGUGACGACGACCCACACCUCUUUGCUUACAAUUUCAGAGAAGAACUCAAGCAAAAAUCAGAAAAUAAGAGGUGACAAGGAGAGGCGCAGACCACAGCUGCUGCUACAAGGGCUAGCAGCCGGCUGAGUGUUGAUUUUCACAAGCCGAACUGCUCGUGUGCACGCUCACCAGAGGUGACUGACUUCCCUCGUACGGUACAGCUUGGUAAAGAGAAUAAAUAUCAUCAAAUAAGUACAGUACAAGCUUCCUUUUAAUAUAUAUACUGCGUAGAUAUGACAUGUUUUCGUAUAAACAGCGUCUAUUACAACCUUACAAAAAUGAAGUAUUUGCACUUGUACCCCGAACCCACAUUAGAAUAAUUUAAAUAUGCUUUAAAUAAAGCAAACCCAACAGCUCAAAGAAAAUGCCCAGAGGAUCGGGGGAAAAAAUGACCUUUUAAAAGCUAAUAAUCACACCUUCCCCACCUUUUUCCACAUAAAUUAAAUUAAUUAGAAAGCGG